AUGACGGGCACUCAAGAGGGUGCUAGCUGGUUCCGCCAAAUGUUCAGCAGCGGAUACCAAGAAUUGCCGACGACGAAUGUCGUCAAGGAUAAGGCUGAGACCACUCAGAUAAUGCCGAGGAGAUUCUUGCGAUUGUCAACGAAAGGUUUCUUGCUCGUGCUGGCGGCUAUUCUUCUCAUUCCCACGUUUUUGGCUCUUGCAGCUCUAGAGGGCCGACAAUACCUCUCCGAUGGAACGGCCGACGUAUUCGAGAUGGGCGAAACUCAAGAUGCAAGCUCGCCUGUCGCUUCACCCGCUUCACCUGUCUCCCCCGUCUCGCCCGCUGGCAUCCCCGUCAUGGUCAACCCUCCCAAGAAGGGCGGCAACAUCUUCAACCGCCGUCUCGUCAUCCUCCUCCCAGCCAACGCCCCCGGUGUCAACGUCUGCAAGGCCAUUGUUACAGCGGUUGCCCUUGGAUAUCCCGCCCCCGUCAUCCUGAAUUGGGGCAAGAGUGGCUCGCAUCUGGCCAAGAUCGCUGGUGUCCUCGAUUAUCUUGACUGGAGCUCUCGCCAAGGCAGCUCAAGCAAGGACCACUUGAACGAGGAUGAUCUUAUCAUGGUCGCCGACAGCGCCGACUCUUGGUUCCAACUGCCCCCAAGUGUACUUCUCUGGCGCUAUCAUGCUCUCAACGAAGAGGCCAACGAGCGUCUUCGCGCGCAAUGGCCACACAAGUCUGAGAUGCCCAUGAAGCAGACCAUCAUGGUGUCUGCCCAGAAGAGGUGCUGGCCUCGCGCCAAGUCUGGUUCCAACCUGCACUGCGAUGCUCUUCCAGAGUCUCCUCUCCGUGAGGAUCUCUACGGACCCGAGACAGACCAAGAUCCCAACUUGCGCAUGGUCGAUGUCCGACCCAAGUACAUCAACAGUGGUGCCUUCAUUGGACCUGUCGGCGAUAUGCGCAAGUACUUCCGUCGCGCGCAAGAGCGUUACGAGCUUGGAAAGGCUGAGCAGGGCGAUCACUUCUACAGUGACCAAGGUUUCUUCGGUGAGAUCUGGGGAGAGCAAGAGAUGUGGCGCACAUGGCGACGGGAGCUCGGUGAUGCCAUUGAUCCCUCUCACAAUGUUUCCACUAUGGUCCGCGAUCAAUUCGAGUUCCACGUCGGCCUCGACUACAAUCAGACCAUCUCCAUCCCCACUGUCUUCGAAGAAGAUGACGGCGAUAUUUUGACACUCAACAACCAGACAUUUAUUGCUGAGCGAUCUCGAGAGCUCGAGAUUGAGCCCGUCCGUCUGACUGCUGUCCCUGAGGAGAUUGCCAAUGCGACAAACCCUCUUGCGCGCAUUCUCUCAGAAGAGGACCGACGCACACUGAACUGGGGCGACAUGACCCUGUACGCCGACUUCUUCACCACCGCCAUCCCCAUCAACAUCCAUCACAACGCCCACAUCAACAACCUCAAGACCCGAAGAGUCUUGUGGUGGGAUCGCAUGUGGUUCUUCCCCUACCUCCGCCAGCUUGUCAACGCGCAGCUCACUCAGCGCCGACAGCAGCCUCUAGGGAGGGUCGAGAUCCCCGAAGGCCGGGCUAUCUACUGGGGCCUUGAGGCAUACCGAACUAUCAGGCGGUUCAUGCCUGCUCAGCGUGGUAUGGUCAACACCGACUUUGACACCGUUUGCACGUCAAGUUGGGCCAAGAAGGAGAAGCAGAAUUGGUGGGAUGUUGUGUUCCAAGAUGAACAGGGACCAUUGGUACUCAAAGCGUGA